AUGUCCCAGGUGAUGACCGUGAUCUUAGAGUCCUCACGACAACAUGGCUGGAGUGGUUUUGACUGUUUAUAUUGCACCGCAGCUUCUCACAUCGUGCCCAACAUUGAGAGCCCUCCAUUGAACGAUUUGAGAGGGAUUGUUGAGCUCUCGGAAAGAGACGUGAUCACUGUCCUCGUCCUCCGUACAGCGAUGCAGCAUGGCGCAAUAUCUGGUGAAGAAGCCUCCGAGUUCCUCCUGCAUACUGCUGCACUUCAGUACUUGCCGCUUGCAAACCGGAGGCCGUCGACUACCACGGAGAACACAGCUAAGAACCUUAUCCAUUCAUUCACACGAACUGCAGCUGCCCUACUUCGUAAUGAGGGACUGUCUGAGCAGCUCGAUGCGCUGAAUCUCCCAGUCAACCUUGCAGAUUUACUCGAUGGGUUCUUGCUUGCCGCUCUGACCCGCGAUGCCUGCCUUCGUAACACGCUACUAUCUAACACAGCUGUCAAGAAGAAAUACGACAGCCUGCUUAAAGCACUCGUUCAGGCCUCCGGGAAUGGUGCCGAUGGAACACUCCCCGUGAGUAUGACCGCUGAUGAUCAGGUUUCCAACGGCUCGGCCCCGUGUUGCUACUCAGUCCCUAGCAACGACCAGACCGUUCUUUCAUUCAGAAACGCCAUUUUUGAUAAGCACCUUGCUCCAGUCCGCCUGCACCUCAACGAGGUAUACUCAGAUGGGGCAACACGUGACAAUGCCAAGGUCUUCCAAGAACUAUCACAUUGGCACAACCAUAGAAAGGCCCUUGCAUCGAAAGCACCGACGCAGAAGCUCGGUUAUUUUGCUCGCCGUCGGAACGAUUUGUAUAUGGCUGAAAUGCAUGCGUAUGCUGCCAGCCUUACCAAUGCAGCUGGGAAGGUCUUGGAACCUGAAAUUAUCAUCGUGAACCAGAGACUACAGUCAUCCAAACCACAAAGGGCUCCGAUACUGGAUACACCCAACUAUUCGCACCGGUUGGAUAAAAGAGAGAGUUCUAAAGGUAGUAAGAUAACCGGCAAGCCGAUGAGGAAGAGUGGGAAGACUUUGGCUCUUGAGGUGGCAGCCGCUAUCAAAGCAGCAAAGACUCGGUCCAAAGGAGAUAUCGACACUGCUUACUGGAAAGUAAAGUGUAAGGAGCUUUGUUCUCAAUCCGAUCUGCAACUUCGGUACCUCGCAGCCCGCGAUUACUCUACGAGAUUACAUCAUGCCAGCUUGUUUCAGCCAGAAGUGGAGCUAUACACAGUUGACUGUCUACUCCGGAUCUGGUUGGAACGUCACAAAAUCACAGGUGUAGAUUUUGGUGGCAGCCUUGCAGCUCUGAUCUGGGACACUCUUCUGAAGUUAUCGAAGACGAAAUCAGGAAUGACUCCAGAGAUUGUAGCUUCCCUAGAAGUGAUCCUGAAGGUUCUUAAACUCCCUGCGCUUAGAUAUGAAGCGGAAGAUACCAGCCGGCCACUUGAGUUCAUCUGCGUAUUCAACAUGGCAAAAGGUUCGAGAGCUUCCGUAUCUUUCCCCAUCAACUUCACCAAAUUAUCCAUCCCAGGCGGCGCAAAAAUCUUUCAGUUGGAGUAUUGUGGACCGUACCUUGAAAGGGAAGUUGGCUCAUCUCUAGAUGAACGUGUUCCAUUUCGUCCGGAUGCGUGGCAGCGCAAGGUUCUCGAUGCCAUCGAUGAGAACCAGUCUUUAUUCGUCGUUGCACCAACUAGUGCUGGGAAAACGUUCAUCUCCUUCUAUGCGAUGAAGCAGGUCCUCACGAAUGACGAUGAUGGCGUUGUCGUUUAUGUUGCGCCAACCAAAGCGCUCGUCAAUCAAAUCGCCGCUGAAAUCCAAGCACGUUUCUCCAAGUCCUUCAAGCGCCCUGGAAAAUCGGUGUGGGCAAUUCACACUCGGGACUAUCGAAUCAACAACGCUACUGGAUGUCAAAUCUUGGUGACCGUGCCCCACAUUCUUCAGAUUAUGCUACUAGCCCCCUCCAAUGCUGAAAAAAAAAACUCUUGGAGUUGCCGAAUUAAGCGUAUAAUAUUCGACGAAGUCCAUUGCAUUGGUCAGGCGGAAGAUGGCGUGGUCUGGGAACAGUUGCUGUUACAGUCACCUUGCCCUAUCAUCGCUCUCUCUGCAACAGUCGGCAAUCCGGAGGAGUUCAAAACCUGGCUUGGGUCGACUCAAGAAGCAAAUGAAAACAAGCUUGUCACUAUUGAGCACCACCACCGAUACUCGGACUUACGAAAGUUCAUCUACAUCCCCCCAAGGAAGUUUUGCUUCUCAGGUCUGCCGGACAGCUCCCCUAUUGACACGCCAGGCCUAGACGGGAUCGAAGCUUUCGGUUUCGUCCAUCCUAUUUCAAGUUUAGGUAAUAAAUCUCGAGGAAUACCAAAAGAUCUGCACUUGGAGGCUCGGGACUGUCUUUGGCUCUGGCAGACGAUGAAAAAGCACGCAACAAAAGAGUAUGAUGUUCCACCCGACCUCAGUCCAAGCCAGGCUCUUCCGGAUGUAAUUAAAAAGAUCCACAUCUUCGAAUGGGAGAAAAAACUGAAGGUCAAGCUUCUCGAAUGGAUGAAUCAUGGGGGUUCGCCAUUUGAGAAUGUUCAGCAGGAUCUGAGUAAAACGCUGGUUAAGCCCGCAACUCGCAAUCUCCUCAGCACGAACCACAUUUGCAAUGGUGAAUGUGAUGCCCGGAAUGUCAACACUGAGAGCCCUUCCUCGAUCAUUCUUCCCGCGCUUACCGACCUGCAUGUGAAGAAUGCCCUUCCAGCGAUUGUUUUCAAUUAUGAUCGUGGUCAGUGUGAAAAGCUGAUGAGAGACGUGAUGAAAGAACUUGAAAUGAAGGAGAUGGCAUGGAAAGAGGCCAAUGCUUCAUGGAAAGAGAACCUUGCGGCAUUUGAAAGCUUUCAGAAAGACCGAAAAGCGAUCAAGGCCCGAUGCAAGGAUGUAAAGAGCACUGGCAAGAAUAAAGCCAGGCGUAGAGGCGACAACAAAAGAGAGGAUGACGAUGAGGAGAGAGUGUCAAGAUCGGACCGUGAACGCGAAGCCGGAUCUGCAGAGCAUAGCAAGUGGGAUGGUUUUGAUCCUUGUGCCCCAAUCGAUGGCUUCCAUUUCGCCAACGCGCAGAAACUACUGCACUCGGAGCUCGAUGUAUACAAGCAGCAACUUCGUGAUCGAGGCGUCGCAGAAUGGCUCGUUAGUGCUCUAAGCCGCGGCAUCGGCGUCCAUCAUGCAGGUAUGAAUCGGAAAUAUCGUCAAGUGGUGGAGAUUCUUUUCCGUAGAGGCUACCUGCAGGUUGUAAUUGCUACGGGCACUCUUGCGCUGGGCAUCAACAUGCCCUGUAGGACUGUAGUUUUUGCUGGAGACUCUGUCUUUCUUACUGCGCUCAAUUUCCGCCAGUGUGCUGGCCGAGCUGGUCGGAGAGGAUUUGACCUACUUGGAAAUGUCCUAUUUCUUGGAAUCUCCGUUCAAAGAGUGUUCCGUCUCUUAAGCUCACGACUUCCAGAUCUGAACGGACAUUUUCCUAUCACAACAUCGCUGGUCUUGCGGCUAGCCACUUUACUUCAUGGCUCAAACAAUUCCGACUUCGCCAUUCGUACAAUCAACUCCAUUCUUUCCCAGCCUCGACUCUACCUUGGCUCCCCUAAAUCCAAAAUGGCUGUACUACAUCACUGCCGCUUCUCAAUCGAGUAUCUUCGACGUCAAUCCUUACUUGAUGUUAAUGGAUCGCCAAUUAACUUUGCCGGAUGUGUCUCUCACUUAUACUACGCUGAAAACUCCGCCUGGGCCUUUCACGUUCUCCUCAGUUCGGGCUACUUCCACGACCUCUGCCAGGAUGUCGAUUCCAAUCCCCAUCGGGUUUGUUUAGCAGUUAUGCUUGUGUUAUCGCACAUCUUCGGUCGGCAACAAUGCAAACGUGCCGAUGAGGAGUUUAUCAAUGAGAUCGUGAAGCGGUCUUCGUCGAUUGUUUUCCUACCACCGUUGCCGAAGAAAGCGGAAAAGACGCUCCGAGCUCACAACAAGGAAACUUUAGCGAUCUUCCGCACUUAUGUCAGGACUUUCGCGGAUCAGCAUCUGAAGGAUCUGGACGAUGCGUUGCCACUGAGUGAAAUGCGGAUUGGUCGGUCGGAUGAGCAACUCAACAUAACACCAAGUGCAAAUCGUCAGCAUACAGUUCUUCGCUCCCCCUUCGUCUCACUUUCAGGCCACAAUGAUGAAUUUGAUAGUAUCUCCGAUCUAUGUGAUACUGUACGUUCUGGUAUCUUUUUGGAGGAAGCUGUUGUGCCAUACUUGCCUAUCCGUCCGGAAUCAACAGUAUCACUCAACGCAUACUUGUACGACUUCUACAAGCAUGGCGAUUUGAAUGCCCUAGAGAGAGCAAACAAGAUUCGCAGGUCUGAUAUCUGGUUUCUCUUGAAUGGUAUGUGUCUCUCCUAUAUUGACGGGUUUUCACCAAUAAAUAUCUAG